AUGCCAAAGUACACACCGAAGAAUGUGAUGAUCACCGGCGGAUGCGGAUUCAUUGGCUCGAACUUUGUGAACUACAUUCAUCGCGCAUGGCCGAAUUGCAUUUUCGUCAACGUCGACAAAUUGAUAUUGAACAGCGACACACAGAAUGUGAGCCGAGCGGUUCAGGAAUCGUCGAGGUACAAGCUCGAGCUCGCCGACAUCAAGAAUCGGCAGGCGAUUCUUCGAAUUCUGCGUGACAACGCCAUCGACACCGUCAUUCAUUUCGCUGCCGAUUGCACAUCGACGCGUUGCUACAACGAGACGAGCGAGGCGGUGCACAACAACGUGCUAGCGUUCAUUCGACUUCUGGAGACGGUUCGAGAGUACGGCGACAUCAAUAAGUUCGUGCAUAUUAGUACUGAUGAGGUCUACGGCGAUUCGGGACUCGGGAAUGACGAGGCGCCGAAGGCGGAGCAUUCAAGACUCCUUCCGGGGAACCCCUAUGCAGCGACGAAGAUUGCUGGUGAGGCUUACGUUCGCGCUUAUCAAGCUCAAUACAACUUGCCAAUUGUUACCGCCCGAAUGAAUAAUAUUUAUGGUCCGAAUCAGUGGGAUGUCAAAGUGGUGCCGCGAUUCAUUUCGAUCGCCAAGGUGCGCGGCGAGUACACCAUUCAAGGAACCGGCCAGCAAUUGCGUAGUUGGCUUUUCGUCGAUGACGCGGCCGCCGGAAUUCAGGCGGUCUGCGAGAACGGUGACGUUGGCGACAUUUUCAAUCUCGGGACGUAUUAUGAGAAAAACGUAGCCGAUUUGGCGCAGGUCAUUCAGCAGGAAGUCGACUUGCAGCUUGGAAGAGAGUACCAGCCACCGAGAUAUGUAUCAAUUCCGGAUCGUCCAUACAACGAUUUGCGCUAUUUCAUCAGCAUCGAGAAGGCGAAAACCGUUCUCGGCUGGGAGCCAAGCACCUCAUUCGCUGACGGAAUGCGCAUCACCGUUGCCGAUGGUCUCGCCGCGAAAGAGCACGUAAAAAUGCGUGUGGCGAUUUACGGCGGUCGAGGCUACGUGGGACAAGAGCUGCAGCGCGUGCUCAACGCUCGACGAAUCCCCUACGUUCUGGCCGGCAAGAAAGUCGGCGUCGACGCCGAUGAGGAUGUUGAGCGUGAGCUCGCCGGUUUGGGAGUCACACACGUCGUGUGCGUCACCGGACGAACGCACGGACCCGGCAAACCGAACAUCGAUUAUCUCGAAGGGAAUGAUAAGGUCGACAUCAAUGUUCGUGAUAACAUGUACAGCGCGACGAUUCUAGCGCACAUCUCGAGGAAAUUCGGACUUCAUUACACUUAUAUCGGCACUGGAUACAUGUUCGCCUAUGAUAAAGAUCAUCCGAUCGGAGGGAAUAUGUUCAAAGAUGAUGACGAGCCGACAUUCUUCGGAUCGGCCUAUUCUGUAGUCAAAGGCUUCACUGAUCGUCAAAUGAGCUACUUCAAUCAGAAGGGUUGGGAGAACUUGAAUGUUCGGAUCACUCUGCCACUUAGUUUGGAUAUGAAGCAGGAUAGAAAUUUGCUUUCAAAAGUGGUGAAGUUCAAAGAAGUUUUCGACAUCCCCGUAUCGAUUACCAUUCUGCCGGAUUGCAUGAACGCCAUGCUCGACAUGAUGGAGCGGCGAGUCGGUGGCACCGUGAAUCUCGUCAAUCCCGAACCAAUCAGCCUUUACGAGAUCGUCAUGCUCUACAAGCAGAAGGUCGAUGAUUCGGCGAAUCCGACGCCAAUCGGUGUGGAGACCGAAAAAGCGCAACAAUUGCUCGCCACCAAAGGCAAUUGCGCGCUGGAUACCACCAAAUUGGUGUCGCUGACACCAGUGCCACCAGCGAGGGAAAGCCUUCUCAAGCAUUUCGAAGCAAUGAAAGUUUAA